AUGCCAUUCACUUCAGUGUCCAAUACUUCUAUCAGCUUGGUUGCUACUAAGCUCUCACCUACAACGGCAACAACAACCACCACUACUGUCACCACCACUACCACCACUACAGUUAGCAGUGGUUUUGCCCUGAGUGUAAAACCACUGGCAGCAGCUUGGAUUAAUGCUGACCCAGGCAGUGUUCGUUCGGUACCUUUCACUUCGACUGUUAAUUCAAUAACAACUCCCGUGAUGACAUAUGGACACCUGGGGGGUCUGGUGAACCAGUGGAGCCUUGAUCUAGAGGAACAAGAUAAACAGUUUCUUUUUCAAGCCAUGCUAGUCAAUGCUUGGGACCACAUCUUGAUUGAAAAUACUGAGAAGAUUAUUGCUUUGCAUGAAGAGGUGCAAAAAGUGAAACUGGCUCAGAAAAGGUUGGAAGAAAAACUGAACAUUAUCCUGUCAGAGCAGGAGGAGCUGGAAGAUGUGUUGACUCCUUUGGAGAAAGCUGUGGAGAAGCAACAGGGAUCUGUUUCUCUUCAGCAUACACAAGAGGAGCAUGAGAGGAUUUACAGAUUAGCACAGAAUAUAGAUGUUCAGCUGAAACAAAUGUCCAAAGAUCUCGAGGACAUCAUUAACCACCUGAACGCAUUUGAAAUUCCUGAUAAUGCUACUGAUCCGCUCCAGCAAAUCUACAAAAUUGUGAAUGCUAAUAAGUGCUCUUUGCAGUGGAUUGCUCAAAAUGCAGGUUAUCAUCUUGAUAAAAAGAACUGA